CCUCUCCCCCUCCAUCCCUCAGUCUCUCUUUCACAUCAUUUUAUUGUUGGUUUUAUAAAAGUUUCGCAUACUCUUUAGUUUUCCUUCUGCAAAUAUUUUCUCCAGAAAUGGCAGAGGCAAGUUUCUAUAUUGGACUCAUAGGAAAUGUAAUAUCCGUACUCGUCUUCCUCUCACCAGUGGAGACAUUUUGGAAAAUAGUGAAGCAAAAAUCAACGGAGGAGUACAAAAGCUUGCCCUACAUUUGCACGUUGUCAGGAUCGUCGCUAUGGACAUAUUACGGCAUCGUCACUCCCGGAGAAUAUCUCGUCUCCACCGUUAAUGGCUUUGGUGCUCUUGUUGAAAUCAUCUAUGUCUCACUUUUUCUCUUUUAUGCCCCUCGACAUCUUAAGUUAGACACAAUCGUGGUGGUAGCGAUGUUGAACGUGUUUUUCCCAAUCGCAGCGAUUGCGGCCACUAGAAGUGCGUUUAAAGAUGAGAAAAUGCGUUCUCAAUCGAUGGGUUUCAUAUGUGCUGGUCUCAACAUUAUAAUGUAUGGUUCUCCUCUUUCUGCUAUGAAAACAGUAGUGACGACAAAGAGCGUGAAAUACAUGCCGUUUUGGUUGUCGUUGUUCCUCUUCUUAAAUGGCGCGAUUUGGGCCGUAUAUGCUUCACUCCAACAUGAUGUUUUCCUACUUGUGCCAAACGGAGUGGGGUUUGUGUUUGGGACAAUGCAACUCAUACUUUAUGGUAUUUACAGAAACGCCAAACCGGUCGGUUCAAGCAAAGGCUCAAGUGAUAUUGUUGCAGAUGAAGAGGAAGGUCUCACGUCACGUGUCCCUCUCCUCACUUAAACCCAUUUUUCUUUGUUUUACAACAAGCCACCUUUGUUGAUUUGGGUCGUUAUAAAUAUAAGUCUUGUAUUAAAUCUUGUUAUAAAGUGUCAAUUAGAAAACUAUAAGCUAAAACCAAUAUAGUUCAUUUAGUUUGAAGCUUAGUAAUAACUCUUGUCUAAUCUUGCUAAGUCCAUCAUUCAGAUGUGGAUGCAGAAGCCGUAGAGAGUC